GAAGAAGAAGAAGGGUUGGAGGUGGUCGGCUAUGGUGGACGGGCGUGGGUGAUGGAGGAAGAAGAAGGGUUGGAGGUGGUUGACUAUGGUGGACGGGUGUGGGCGAUGGAGGAGGAAGAACGGUUGGGGGUGGUUUGCUAUAGUGGACGGGCGUGGGUGAUGGAGGAGGAAGAAGAGUUGGGGGUGGUCGGCUAUGGUGGAUGGGUGCGGGUGAUGGCGGAAGAAGAAGGGUUGGAGGUGGUUGGCUAUGGUGGACAGGUGUGGGUGAUGGAGGAAGAAGAAGGGUUGGAGGUGGUUGGCUAUGGCGGACGGGUGUGGGUGAUGGAGGAAGAAGAAGGAUUGGAGGUGGUUGGCUAUGGUGAACGGGUGUGGGUGAUGGAGGAGGAAGAAGGGUUGGAGGUGGUCGGCUAUGGUGGAUGGGUGUGGGUGAUGGAGGAAGGAGAAGGGUUGGAGGUGGUCGGCUAUGGUGGACGGGUGUGGGUGAUGGAGAAAGAAGAGGGGUUGGGGGUGGUUGGCUAUGGUGAACGGGUCUGGGUGAUGAAGGAGGGAGAAGGGUUGAAGGUGAUCGGCUAUGGUGGACGAGCGUGGGUGAUGGAGGAAGAAGAAGGGUUGGAGGUGGUCGGCUAUGGUGGACGGGUGUGGGUGAUGGAGAAAGAAGAGGGGUUGGAGGUGGUCCGCUAUGGCGUUCGAGAUUGGAGGAGCGGAAGUGACAGUGAAAGCUUAUCGGACACAACCUAACUCUUAACCCCAUGCCCCCGUUUCUACCCCGGGUGCCCGGCCACCUCAUACUAUCCUCGGAAGACACCGGUCACGUGAAAGAGGAAGGACUGAGCGGGGCUACGGGAUUGCAACACACACACCUACUCAUACCGCAGGUCACCGGUUGCAGCAAAGAGU